AUGACAUGGUCGGUGUUAUUCACUGCUCCGGCUGAACAAUCGACAAAGCGUCUUUCGCUUCUUUUGCUGGUGAUCAUGUAUGCCUUCCUUCAAGGCGCUUCUGUUGGUCGCAUUGUCGAGUUCUUGUUUGGUUUCGACGGAAGUAUAUUCUUUCACAACACUGUAGGUAUUGGGAUCGGUAUUGGAUUGGCCAAGAUUUACAAGGAGAAUAGCUUGACCACGUUGAUGGUGUCCGGUUUUUUAAACGCUGCAGCAGCCGGAAUAUUAAACUACAUGGCGUUUUUUAUUGCUUACCAUCACAAAGCUCAACGUGGUUUGAAGUUGUUAGUUGUUACUACUUUGUGGUCAUAUGUUCUGCUCGGUGCUGGUUCGAUGUUUAUAUUAGCUCUUUGGGCUUGA